GUCCCGCUCUCCACCACCGAGGCGCCACGCACGUGCUGGUGUGGCCAGCCAACUCGCCCAUCCCCGCCGCUGUGGCGUCCUUUUUCGCCGCCACCUUCCUCUCCGGCCUCUUCAAUUCCUCCGCUACGCCACCGGAGGCGUUUUCAAUGGCCAGCCACGGCGCACAGGCGCACUGCUGCUGUAGCGGCAGUAGCAUUAGUGUCAGUGGAGGUAGCGCCGCUAGCCAUGGCGACGGGGGUGGAGGCUACGUUUCGCCGCCGCUGCCGGCGUUUGUGUCGGCUGAAUGGCCGGCCCUGCCAGACAGCUCGUCCAUUCCGGCUGUGGUGGUUCCGGGGCUAGAGCUGGACGAGCACGGGCUCAAGUCCUUUCCGGGCUGGAUGGAUGUACGGCUGCUGGCACCCCGCGCGGAGUUGCGGCUGCUGCUGGUGGGAACCUCCUCCCUCAUAGACGCCCGACGACUGAGCUCUCUCGGGGAGGCUCUCAGAGCCCUGUUGGUCAUGGAGGUCCGUACGCUAAAGCUAGUGUCCCUCGGCGCCGUAGACAGUCUGCCCCGCAACCUGCCCGCGGGGAGUCGCGCGGUGCGGUGCCAGUUCCUGACCGCCAGCGGCGUCAGUGCGGGGGUGGUGUUGGGGACACCCCCCUCGGUGCUGCAACAUGAGGCGCUGGUGGAGCAUGCGCUGAGGAUGACCCUGGUGACGGACAGCGUGGGUUUGCAGUUCCGCCUGCCGCCUCCCGGACUGUCCCUACCGGCGCCGCGGAGCUCCAGGCUGGUCGCGGGGGGGUUGCCUGUUAUGGACACGGUGGCUGUUACCAGCGUGUGGGCUGUGGAGGUGCUCAGGUCCCUGUGCAAGGAUCCCCGGUACCGCACCCUGGCCGCACUGGGCGUGGCGGCGGUGGGCAACGUGGCGGAUGGUGUGUUCACAGCCGCCGACGUACGACGGUACGAAGUACUCAUCGCAGGGAGCUGGGCCUCGGUGGCGGCGCCGCAAUUGCUGCCGCUAAUAGCAACGACUGGUUCGGGUCCGGCGCCGGCAGCACCGCCGGCGGCGCCAGGGGAGGUGCUGCCGUCGCCGGCGGCGGCGGCGCCGCCGCCGCCGCCGCAGAGCUGCGUGGCCGCUGAAGCCGGCGGUGGGGGUGAGGCGGCGCCGAUGGACCUGACGAUGGCAGCCGCCAACGGCGGCGCUUACUUUGGGAAUGACGCGCUUAAGGGUUACGCACUGUACGGUCACUUGCAGCACGUAGGUGGCAGCGGCGGCGCUGGCUGUUCUGCCGCGGGCGGCGCCGGCGCCGCAUCACCGGACAGCCCCGACGGUGCCGCGGCCGAUGGUCCCUCGGCUUCCGGCGCCGACGGUACGGCGGGCUUAAUCGGCAACGGCGAGCCAUUUUCCCGUGGUCCCGGGCGACCCACGGGUCCUUUACCUGACAAGCCGUCCGACUUCACGGGGGACUUGCCGGGCUACGUGUGUCGGCGCCCUCCACUGUCCUCGUGCACUGAGUCCCAGUUCUAUGACGACCUAGUGGAGUUCCUGACGCUGCUGCGAGGCAAGCCAAUCGACCGAGUUCGCUUCCCCGAGGCGGUCCUCAACGGGGUCUCCCUGGACCUGUUCGGUCUGUACCGGGAGGUGGUGACGCGGGGCGGCUUCCGCGUGGGGAACGGAAUCAACUGGAAGGGCCAGGUCUUUCCCCGCAUGCGCAAUUGGACGGAGACCAACAAGCAGACCGGUGUGGGCAACGCCCUGAAGCGCCACUACCAGAACUACCUGUGGGAAUACGAGCUGGCGCACCCCGAGGAUGUGACGCUGGACCGCUGCGUGUUGUGUAACGGCGGCGAUGCGGUGUCUUCGGACUGGGUUUGUUGCGACGCCUGCGAGAAUUGGGCGCAUUUCUCAUGCGAUAAGCGACCCGGCAUCGGCAUGUUCAAGGAUUACGCGCAGGGCCAGGGACGCGUGUAUCCACCGACGAGCUACAAGGAAGCAUUACCAACGCCUACAAUAGCAACGAAAAAUACAGCCUCUUCCACUUAUGAUCAGCGACCGAGUGAGGAUUGCCUAGCGACUGUUGCAACAACGACAACGCCAUCCUUGUCGGAAAUCAAUCGGUUCACGCCUGAUAUCGAUCUGGCCUCUGAGGGGUCUACGGGUGCGAGAGAGGCGUACUACAUGAUGCUGAUGGGGCUACCCCGGCGAUAAAAGGAGUCAAAAUUAAACAAAGCCAUCAGGCAAGCAAAAGCUUUUACCGUCCAACCUCGCACGUAUACCACAUAUCCACUCCGUCGACAGUACUAUUAAGAAAUAUAAUUGUAACAAUUCGACUCGGAAAAUCUCGGUUCAUCUUGCGGCUGUCCCGAUGCCCAGCACCGAAGCACCUACUGUGAGCUCGUGCCUUCAGCCGUGGGCUUCUCCUCAGUGGUGGGAGCAACGGCUGGUGGUGCAUCAGCUGCCGGGGCAGGAGCCGGCGGCGAGGAUGCCUCCGCGGUGACUGACCCGUUACUGCUCAGAGCAGCAGCCGCGCCAAUGGCCACAACCGCUGCACCCACAACCAGCAGUGUGUUCCCUG